AUGUCCGACCACCCCUUCGCUGCGCGUGCCCGUCCCACACUCAACCCACUCGUCCCAAGUCACAGUGCUGCAAGUCCUCUCUCAGCGCCGCCCACUUUACGCUCUGCAUCGGGACCUACCUCGCCCUUUGGCGCAGUAAAAUCCAUCUCGCGCAAGAAGCCUCUCGGCCUCGACAUUUCAAAGGCCAUCCCCAAACCGUCGCGUAGUCUCUCCACAGUCAUCACGGGCCCCGACUCGGCUGCAAAGGAUGGCGCGUCCGUUUCGUGGAUUCCCGAGGCCGACCGCCUUCGUGACGAAAUCGCUCGCCUGCAACUGUCAUCUCGCUCCAGCGGGUCGUCAUACAACUCAGGACCAGAGUCGCCUACCUCCCUCUCCCCACUCGCACCCGCCGAACCCUCCAUCGCCACUCCCAUCCCUCCCCGACCACGCCACCGACACACGGCCCCUGAAUUACCGACGACAUCGCUCCAAGCGUCAACGUCGAGCUUGAGCCGGAAGAAGCAUCACCACUCGAAUGGAGAGCGUAAACGCAGUAAGAGGAAGGAGGAGGACGAGAAUACUGUCAAGGAGGAGGACCUCACUGUGCUUGCCGACCUGGGUGCCGGCAACGGCGGCACGGUGACCAAGGUGUGGAACAAGAAGCGCAACUGCGUAAUGGCCAAGAAGCUCAUCCUCGUCGACGCCAAGCCGUCUGUCCGCAAACAGAUCCUACGCGAGUUGCAGAUCAUGAACGACUGCGCGUCGCCAUACAUUGUCGGCUACUACGGUUGCUUCCCCGUCGAUGUGCACGUUGGCAUCGUCAUGGAGUUUAUGGACCUUGGAUCGCUCGACUAUAUCUACCGCCACACGGGCGCAGUCCCACUCGAGAUCGUUGGCAAGGUCGCCGAGGCCGUCUUGAGAGGACUCGUGUACCUUUACGACAUCCACCGCAUCAUCCAUCGUGAUAUCAAGCCGUCCAACAUCCUUGCCAACUCGAAAGGCGAGAUCAAGAUCUGCGACUUUGGCGUGUCGGGAGAACUGAUCAACUCCAUUGCUAACACGUUUGUGGGCACGAGCACGUACAUGAGCCCGGAACGCAUCCAGGGCGCGCCGUACACGAUUAAAUCAGACGUAUGGUCGCUGGGUAUCUCGCUCGUCGAGCUCGCGCAGGGCCGCUUCCCGUUUGCGGACCCUCCCGAGUCUGGUGAUGAAGACGACCAGAGCACGCCUGUGGAGGAGCGCUUCGAUCCCGAGGCGACGUUACCAGUGUCGUCACGCAGACCGAACCUGUCGCCCAAGCGCCACAGGAAGCGCGGCGUGAGCCUCGGUGGUGGUGGCAUGACCAUGUCCAUCCUCGACCUGCUGCAGCACAUUGUCAAUGAGGCUGCUCCGCGCCUGGUUGGCCGUGGGAACCAGACUUUCCCCGACUGCGCCGUCCACUUUGUCGACUGGUGUCUCGACAAGGAUCCCGCUGCCCGCAAGAGUCCUCAGGAGCUCCUCGAGUCCGAAUGGAUCACGUCGUUGACAGUGACCCAGGCGGGUCUGGAGACGUGGGCGCAGGGCGUCGCCGAAGCGCUCAAGAACGACAAGUAG